AUGAAAUUUAUUAAUAAUUUGUGGUACUUGAGUGAAGAGUGUGCGACUUUUUCAAUUUUUGAUGAAAGGUUAAGUAAAGAUACAAGAAGAAAAAUGGCUGAAAAAAUUAUGCAUGGUACUCCUGAAAAAGAAUCGCAAAAAAAGUUCAUCCUCAAAUUUGAAGAUUUACAACACUUUCUUAACAAAGAAUUACUAUUAGAUAUUCUAGGGAAUAAUUCGAAAAACAUAUUUGAAAAAUUUAAUAUGUCUACUGAUUUUUUGAAAGUUCAGUCAGACAAAUGGAACGAACAUGAAGGAUACAUUGAAGGAAAAAGAGUGGUAGAAUCAAUAAAAGUAGUCAACGAUAUGGCAGAACGAGGGGUCAAACUUAUGACGGAUUUCAAUGAAAAGUUCACGAAAAAUGAAGAACAAAAUCAAUUUGUUUUGCAAGUAGUUCAAGAUUAUAGAAAAAAGUUUCCUGGUAAAGAUACUCUGAAAGAAUCAUAUAAUUGA